AAAAGAGAAAAGACACUCCCUUUCUCCCUCGGGGCCAUGGCCAAAUCCUACGACCACCUCUUCAAACUCUUGCUGAUCGGGGACAGCGGCGUGGGCAAGACCUGCCUGAUCAUCCGCUUCGCCGAGGAUAACUUCAGCGGCACCUACAUCAGCACCAUCGGGAUCGAUUUCAAAAUCCGGACAGUGGAGAUCGAGGGCAAGAGGAUCAAACUGCAGGUUUGGGACACUGCUGGACAGGAACGCUUCAAAACCAUCACCACAGCAUAUUACCGGGGAGCCAUGGGGAUCAUCCUCGUGUAUGAUAUCACUGACAGCAAGUCCUUCGAGAACAUCCAGAACUGGAUGAAGAGCAUCAAGGAGAAUGCUUCCGCCGGCGUUGAGCGCCUUUUGCUGGGGAACAAGUGUGACAUGGAAACCAAGCGCAAAGUGCCCCGGGAUCGAGCAGAAAAGCUGUCCAAGGAGCACGGGAUCCGGUUCUUUGAGACGAGCGCCAAAUCCAGCUUGAAUGUGGAAGAGGCCUUCAAUACUCUGGCCCGGGACAUCCUUCUGAAAACAAGCAAGAAAUCGGCUCAAAGCAACAAGGGGCCCUUGGACUUGAAAGGACCACAGAAAAGCAGCAGCAAAUGUUCCUUGGUGUAGCAGCCGGCUGCUGAAAAGCUGCUGUUUGCUACUCUAUAGCACCUGGGGCCUUGGCAUUGGGCCCCAGCGUGCCGGUUCCUCCCUUCCAUUCGAAACGCCUCCAGGUUCUUCCCCGGACAGCACGGGAGGCUAAUUUUUUGCUUCAUAAAACCUCCGAGCUUGCAAGCCAGUAUAGGGCUGGAUCCCCGAUUCUGGCAGCAGGAUGAGGCUUGGAGGCUGGGACUCCCUCCCCUCAACAUUCCCUCCUGCUUCCUCAAUAUGCCUGCAAAUGUAUAUUAAGGGGAUUAUGUGAGCCAGGAUGGAAAUUGAUCUUAAGAGUGGGGGAAUCCGCCGGGGGGUGGGGGGAAUCAGCCACCCUAGGGCCAGAACGUAGUGGGCUGCAAACGAACCCCCCCAGAAUUUCAGGGACGCCACAGGAUGGCGCUCUCUUGUCCUUUGAGCCAGCCUGCUCUUCUGCUUCUUAGCAGGAUGCCUUCACACAACAAUGUGACACAGAGUGUCGGGAGAAUUUGUUCACACUACAGUGAGACUGGGUACUGUACAGUUCAUAGGCUCAGAGGUGGGGACUCCCUCCCCCACAACAUUCCCUUCUGCUUCCUCAAUAUGCCUGCAAAGGGAAGACUUUGACCCGCUUCAGGAUCCUUUGCGGGAGAGGGCCAAACAGCCUCCACCCUAGAAGGUCUCUCCAAUAGGCCCACGUGGAAUCCUCAAACACGUACGUCGGAAUCUUCAAAUUACAUAACCCAAUUUGUGUCUCCCGCUCCCCUUUUGUAAUUCUUUGACAGUAUUAAAUAUUUGCAGUGAA